AUCGGAAGCGUUCUUUCCAAGUAGUCUAUGGUUGGUUUGGCCUCAAAUCUACAGUCCCGACUUCCUCCGCACCAUUUCAUCUUCCUCAUAUUCGGCUUAGGCGUCUGCAGUGUGGAAAAGCAACACGAGCAGGUUGACUGUCGGCUCGUGGAGGGCUGUUUUCCCCUCUAAUUGUUUCUGUUCGAUGGCUUUAUAGGCCCCUUCCAGCUCUACUACUAUUCUGUGAUUCCUGUUGCUACCAUUACAUCCAUCUUUUCCCGGUCGCUGCUAUGGUGUUGUCUUCGGUGCAGCAGGUGUUCGUCUCCGUCGUGCUGGUGUUCUGCGUUUUCGUGGUAAUGCCCAGGAUGUUUGGCGGAGGCGGCAGGUCCUCGCGGGGUGCCAAGGCUUCUCUUGGCCGUCACGAUCCCCACCAGCAUCGCCACGGUGGAUCUGAAAGAAUCCUGCAGUCACAUAUGAACUUGGAGAGUUCUGAACGCAAAACUUAUCAAAGCAUCCAACAAAUGAGAAAUGCAAUGGAAAAGGAGUUGAAGACUGAGCACACUAAAGGGCAUAGCAAAGACUUUGCUUUAACACUCAUGCCCUUGUAUGCUGUUGGUGUGGGGGUGUUUGCUUUAUACAAGUUCUUAAAGAUGAAAUCUCAAGAAGAGAACUUAUCCAAGAAAGAGAAAACUACAGAAGUUAAGACAAAGGAAACAGAACGCCAGCUUCUGGAGUUGGAGCAACAUCUAGCACAGACAGAGAAAAUGUUAAAUUCUUUAUUGACUCAGUUAGAUCCACUUUCAAGCUGCAUUAAUGCCUUGGCUUCUGAACAAAAAGAUGAAAUUAUGGUACAGCUUGAGUCCAUUAGGAAGCUGAUGAAAGAAAGUGGAUUGGAUAAAUCAACGAUGAAACCAGAAGAUAUUCGCCAUACAUGCGAAGAGAGGCUUGAAGAUCUUAUUCAGUCAUUCAGUGCACAUCCUGAGGCAGAGAUGGGUGAGGACAGUAAUAAAAACUGUGGGCGUGAAGUGCUGUUUGAAGAUACUGAGGAACACUAUGGUGAAGAGGAACAUAAACACUGUAAUCACAAGUUCUUGCUGAGUUCAUUGGAAGAGCCAAAGAAGAUGAAAGUUGCUGAAGUAAUUAAUCAAAAUAUAGCAGAACCAGAGAUUGGGUUAAGGAGACGUGUUAAAAAUGAAUUAGAUAGAUGAGAUUAGAUAUAUUCAGAAAAUUGUGAUGAAUUAUUACACAUGUUAUAAUGCAGUUUUAAAUUGUUGUUGAACAGGUUCAUAUUUAUUGCAUUGAAACAAGAUAUUUAUGGAAAUUUUCUAUUCUGUAUAAAGUAUUUCUGUAUAUAUUACACUAAAAGUUCUAUAUAGUAUUCUACUACGCUGUCAAGAUUCAUCGUAUUUUUAUGAUGAUUAAAGUCAAGGAAUGGCA